ACUUGGAAUUGUAUAAUCUCAAAAUCCCAAAAAAUAAUUUUUAUUUUUUUAAAAAAAAAAUCUUGUUAUAUUCGAUCUGAUAUAUCUGAAGAGAACGGGACGAGUCAUCUCAGAUGGAGAGGGUAAAAAAAUUGGCAUCAGAAAAGGGAGUAAUUAUCUUCAGCAAAAGCACAUGUUGCUUAUGCUAUACUGUACACAUGUUGUUUCGAGAAAUUGGAAUAGAUCCUUAUGUUCAUGAAAUCGAUCAUGAUCCAGAGGGAAAGGAAAUUGAGAAGGCACUACUAAGGAUGGGUUGCAAUGGCCCCGUCCCAGCGGUGUUUAUCGGCGGAGAACUGGUGGGAUCAACCAAUGAAGUCAUGUCCCUCCACCUAAGCGGCUCACUGGUUCAACGGCUGAAACCCUAUAAGAACUUGUCUUAAAUAUUUAUAAUAAUCAGACGAAUAAACUUAGCUCCGGGAUAGGACUUAGGAGCAUGUUGCAACUUCAGGCAGGUCGAUCUGCAAUACGACCCGUCCCCCGAGCAUAGCUUUGUAGCAUACCUGUAACUUUAGCUUUCUGUCAAAUGCAACUAUUUGCAUCUAGUGAAAGGAUGUAUUCUAUUUGGUUUCCUAAGUAAAUGAAGUUAUUGUUAUCUUUUA